AUGGCAAUCUCAAUGUUAAAAAAGAAGCCUAAAGCAUCCAAAAAGUUCGAAACAAAGCAACAUCAGCUCUCUGAUACAAUUUAUUUCAAAAUUCUGUACCGUAUCCCUGCUGCAAUCUUCUUGUUGAUCCUUAUCUUCCUUUGGUCUUCUUCCACCACUAUCAUCUCCGGGAAAUUCCUUCACGUAUGCGUUUCGUCGCGGAAGCUCAACAACCUCUACUGUCUCUCUGCAGGUACACAGCCCAACUUUGAGAUCCCAAUUCAAGCUCUGAACAAGGAUGGUUCAAUUAGUCCUAAUGUUACUGCAAGUAUAAAAGAGGUAGUCGGUAUUGUUGGGGAAGACCCGAAUUUGAUGGUCGCUAACAGGGUCCACAACAAUGGAAGUGAUGGAGAAGUUGCCUUUGCUGUGACGGUAGUUGAAAAGCUGCUGCAAGUUCAAAGAUCAUGGAUAUCGAACAAGAAUCAUGCUGCGUCGUGCGAAGGGAAAGGGAUUUUUGUGUAUGAUUUGCCAUCGAAGUUCAACAAGGACUUGGUAGGUCAAUGUGGAGACAUGAUUCCUUGGACAAACUUGUGCAAGUACUUCGACAACGAAGCCAUGGGAGAACCUAUUGUAGAGCUUGGGAAUGGAUGGUACCACACUCAUCAGUAUGCAUUGGAGCUGAUAUUUCACACAAGGGCAUUGAAGCAUCCUUGCAGAGUUUACGACGAAAACGAGGCAAAGCUGUUCUAUGUUCCAUAUUAUGGUGGCCUAGAUAUCUUGAGGUGGCACUUCAAAAAUGUGUCUAAUGAUGUUAAAGACAGCUUGGGCCUAGAGCUUGUCAAGUGGCUUGAAAACAAGAAAUCAUGGCUCAAACACUCCGGGAAGGAUCAUGUGUUUGUGUUGGGUAAAAUUUCAUGGGAUUUCCGGCGAAAAAACGACGCUUUGUGGGGGACUCGUUUGCUAGAGCUUGAUCAACUGCAGAACUCAAUGAAGUUGUUGAUCGAACGGCAACCAUGGCACAUAAAUGACAUUGGAAUCCCACACCCUACCUACUUCCAUCCCCAUUCAGACGACGAUAUCACUGAUUGGCAGCUAAAGAUCAUACGAUCGAAUCGCAAGAGUCUUAUGAGUUUUGCAGGGGCAGCAAGGCCUGAUGCACCAGAGAACAUAAGGUCAAUACUUAUCAAUCAAUGCAAUUCAGAUGAAACCAAAUGCAGGUUCCUAAAUUGUAGUUCAGGUGGAUGUGAUAAGCCAGCAUCGGUCAUCAACCUCUUCAUGGACUCCGAAUUCUGCUUACAACCUCCAGGAGAUAGCCCAACAAGAAAAUCGGUAUUCGAUUCGCUGGUUUCGGGGUGCAUUCCGGUUCUGUUCGACCCAUUUACAGCAUACUACCAAUAUCCAUGGCAUUUACCAGAGGAUCAUAGCAAAUAUUCGGUGUUCAUAGAGCAAGAAGAGGUGAGAGAGAUGAAGGUGAAUGUGGUAGAGAAGCUGAUGAAGGUAAGUGUGAGGGAGAGAGAGGAUAUGAGAAGGUUCAUUGUUUAUGAACUAUUGCCUGGUUUGGUGUAUGGAGACUCAAAUUCCAAGCUUCAAAAAUUCCAAGAUGCAUUUUCCAUGACAAUCAACAACUUGCUUCAAAGGGAAUAA